AAGUAGGAAGAGGAUAACAAAAUACUGGUUCACCCUAAUGGAUUACUGGCUGAUCUUCUUUGUCUUUACUGGAGGACUGCUCGAUGUUGCCUCUGCCCAAAUUCGUCAGUACUACUUUUUGAACAUUCCAGUGGAGUGGACCACAGCUCAGACUAUCUGCAGGACUAACUCCACUGACCUGGCCACCAUAGAAAACACAGCCGACAUCAGUGCUGUUUUAAGCACCACAACCUACGCAGGCAAGGCUUGGAUAGGUCUCUAUGAUGAUUUGCUAAACAGCUGGAGAUGGUCCCUGAAUGACAGCAGCUUCUAUGGUGAAAGAGAGACAGAGUUUAGAAACUGGCAAUCUGGCCAGCCCAACAAUCUUAAUGGACAACAGUACUGUGUGGAGCUUGUCGGUGGGAGUCACAAUGGCACAUGGGGAGACAUUGAGUGCACUGCCACACGACACUUUGUGUGCUACAACGGUACAGUGAAUGGCAAUGUAUCCUAUGUAAAGAUCAACAAUUUUUUAACUUGGACCGAAGCUCAGAGAUACUGCAGGGAGCAUCAUGUUGAUCUAGCCAGUAUACGAAAUCAGACAGAAAAUGACAUCAUCACAAACCUAACGGGCUCUGACUUUGUGUGGAUCGGUCUUCACCGGGAAAAAGUGUGGUCUGAUGGAAGCACCUCUCUAUUUCGACACUGGGCUACUGGGCAACCAAACUCUGGCCAAGAACGGUGUGUCACCACAGCGUUCAGUGACUCAGGACGGUGGUCAGAUGAUAACUGCACCAACAGUUUCCCAUUCAUCUGUUACUUAACAAUCAGCUUCAGAUUGACAGGUCAAAACGAGACAAGUAUCAGUCUGCAGUGGAAUAAAGUGAACAACUAUGUCAACUUUAUUCUCCAGUUUAAUGGUACAGAGACAAACUUCACUGCACCAGCUGGAGAUGGACCAAUAAAUCACACAGUGUCAUCUCUCACUGCUGGAACUAGAUACACAUUCACUGUCUUCUCUGUGUUUGAGAACGUCAGAAGCAGUGGAGUCUCCAUUACUGCAGUCACUGCUCCUACCAACACAGUCAGCUUCAGAGCAACAGGACAAAAUGAGACCAGUAUCAGACUGCAGUGGAAUAAAGUGAACAACAAUGUCAGCUUUAUCCUCCAGUUUAAUGGUACAGAGACAUACAUCACUGCACCAGCUGGAGAUGGACCAAUAAAUCACACAGUGUCAUCCUCACGGCUGGAACUAGAUACACAUUCACUGUCUUCUCUGUGUUUGAGAACGUCAGAAGCAGUGGAGUCUCCAUUACUGCAGUCACUGCUCCAGUCAACAUAUUCAACUUCAGCUCAACAGGACAAGAUGAGACCAGUAUCAAUCUGCAGUGGAAUAAAGUGAACAACAAUGUCAGCUUUAUCUUCCAGUUUAAUGGUACAGAGACAAACAUCACUGCACCAGCUGGAGAUGGACCAAUAAAUCACACAGUGUCAUCUCUCACUG